AUGGAUGAGAUGAGUGAGGUCGUUGAUGCCAUCAUCAAAUCCAGGCGGGGCUUAACGGAGGGCUGGGCAAGACAACCCGACUCGGUAGAUAAGUUAGGUACCUUAGGUAUACCUUUGGAGCCCCACAUGAUGAGCAUCGGAGCUGCAAAAGGCAUCAGAGACUAUAUUUGUCCCUCUCCUUAUCUUGCGGCAAGCAUUCCCGUGAAAAAGAUCAUGGCACAAUGCGACCCGCUGAGUAGGGCUGAGUGUGGAGCUCCAGACAUGUCUCCAGCCCUAGAGAACAAGGCAAUCGAAAUACAUGCCACGCUCCGUACAGGCAACACUGCCCCCGAACAUGUCACAACCGCAGUGAAUCAGGGAGCCUGGCUUACUGCGGCGUGGCGUUGGAUAACAACCCCGAAAGGGUUCUUCAUCCUCAUAUACGGACUGAACAUAGUCGCCUGGGGCGGGAUGCUGUUCCUGCUAAUCUGCAAUGCCGCCCCAGCCAUGUGCCAUCCGUCCUGCAACGAUCUAUAUUCCUCCCGCCGGAUCUGGAUCGAGACCACCUCUCAGAUCUUGAACGGGUUAUUCUGCGUGACGGGGUUCGGACUGGCGCCGUGGCGGUUCCGGGAUCUGUACUGGUGGUGCCGCUGGCGGAUGGCGGGGAGUGACCGGGAGAAGAGCCUCGCUGGCAUCACGCGCUUGGCUAGCAUUCACCAAGCGUGGUAUCGCACACCGAUUGUUGUGUCAUGUGUUGGGUGUGAUGGGGACUGUGGUUGCGAGCAAAACAAAUCAUCGGCUCUUACCGAGGCUCUUGGGGGCCGCGCCCCGCCGACGGCGACGUGGAAAAUGGAUUUUGUGGUCUGGUGUAACAUGUGGAAUACUAUAUUCCAGGGUUGCUUGGCUGGCUGCAUGUGGGGGAUGAACAGAUUCAACCGGCCCAGUUGGACGACGGGCUUAUUUGUUGCCUUAGCUUGUGUUGUGGCUGGUGCGGCGGGGUAUAUGGUCUUCCGCGAGACCAGGAGGCUUGCGAGAUUGGCAGAGACGACAACAGCCGAUAGUGCUGUUGCAGAGAAGGGCAAGACUGGAUUUGAACUUCCGGUAUGA